UAGGCGUGAGGUGCACUUAGCCACGGCAGUGGAGUAAUUGCUUUGUUUUCUAAACAGGAAGGAAGCUAGACUUUUAUCGAGAAUGGCAGAACAAGAAAGGGAACAAACAAUUGAAGACAUUGGAACCGAACUGGGUAAUAACUUUCGAGAUCUCUGUGAGUCCAACAAUCCAGACCCCUGUCAGGCUGAAACGUUAAUUAGAGAGGGAGCCUUGGAAAAUCUCAGUGUUGACACGAUUGGCUCCAUUUUAUGUAAAGUUGCCAUGAAAGGUCACGAAGAAAUCAUGAAGAAGUUGCUUUUGAGCGACAAGGUAGAUGUGAAUUACCAGGAGCCGGAAUAUAAGUGGUCGCCCCUCCUUAACGCCGUGCAAGCGGAACAUGAGAGAAUUGUUGACUUGCUGUUGGAACACGGAGCCGACCCCAAGCUCCAGAAGAAGAAUGGCGCCUCGCCUUUCAUUGUCGCUGCGAUAAUUGGCAAUGUGAAUCUGCUCAGCAAGUUUCUCGGGCUGGGCGCGGAUAUCGACGAGGCAGACGGCAACGGUUUUACUGCCUUUAUGGAAGCAGCACAGUACGGCCACGAGGAGGCGCUGCGCUUCCUUUUCCAGGAAAAGGCCGAUGUGAACAAGCACAGGAUGGUCUCUGAGGCCAGGGCGAAUAUUGGUAAAGGGGGGAAGACAGCCCUGAUUGAUGCCGUGUUGAACAAGCGUGAGGACAUCGUUGUGAUCUUGUUGGAUGAAAUGAAGGCGGACGUUAAUGCAUUUGACAACCUCGGCAAAACGCCACUCAUCCACGCCUUGGAGAGCGGGAAUUGGGAGAUUGUGGAGAUUCUGUUAAAGCGGGGAGCCGACGUUAACGCCAGGGACAAAAACCAGAACACGCCUCUGAGCAUCGCGUUGACCAACUGUAGCCCUGACAGCCCCCUGUUGGAACAGCUCGUGAAGUGCACACAGGAUCUGAAUGUCCAGGACGGCCAUGGGAAAACACCAUUGAUCCGUGCAGUAGAGAAGAAGAUGUCGAUGGUGGUUAAACUUCUGCUGGAGAAUGAGGGCACGGCAAUCAAUGCACAAGAUCAUUCGGGCCAGACAGCCCUACUAGCAGCUGUGGAAAAUAAGGAUACCUCGUUGACACGAAUGCUGUGUGAGAAAGGGGCUGAUGUAUCCUGUACGAACAAUCAUGGAGAUACGGCGUUAAUGAUAGCCAUAAGGAAGUAUGACAAUAAAACCAAAAAUAUACUGAUCAAGCAUGGGGCAGAGAAGGUGGCAUCCAAUGUAGGCACACCUCCUUCAAAAUGGAAGGAGCACAGCCAACGUUGGAAAAUAAUCCUUGGGAAGCUGCAGAGGGAGCCCCGUGGCCCCAUUGGGAAGCUAAAACUAUCCAGAAUCCCCGAUUAUAAGAUUAGAGAAGAACUCAAUGUGACGGAAGUCUACCUUGGUUUCGUCAAUAAUGAGACUGAAGUGGCGGUAAAAUGUCACAGGAAGGGUGUGGAAGGAGCCAAAAGAGAAUUGGAUUGCCUCCGUGAUCCCAAGAUCAAUGGCAGCAGUCGCUUUGCUAACCUCCUGCAUUGUGAAAGUGAUGAUUAUUGUGAUUAUCUCUGUCUGAACCUCUGCGAGUAUAACCUUGAGGAGUGUGUGAGCGAGUGGCCAGACAAAAUGCGAGGGGACGCCCCUAAAAUAAUGAAGCAGUUGGUUCAGGCUCUUCAGCUCUUGCACAAGGUUAAGUUUGCUCACCGGGAUUUGCAUCCAACAAAUGUCCUCAGAGAUGUUGAAGAAAAUUUUCGCCUGGGAGAUUUUGAUAAGUGUGUGCAUUUUGAUAAGAAUCCAGCCGUGCCGAUUUGCUCUGGGACCUGGGAAGCCUCAGAAAUCCUGCAGAAACUGGAACGUUUGCCAAAGGCAACGUUUACCGAGGAUGAGCUGGUCAAAGCAGACGUGCAGGCACUAGGACGCCUCUUGCACUUUGUUAUGUCUGGCGGGAAGGAUGCCUACGGGAGUAAGAAGGAUGUACUUGACAAUAACCCUACUUUGGACGAUUGUCUUCUUGACCCAAAGCAUGCUGAAGCCAGAGAUUUUGUGGAGCGCUUGUUAGCACCAGCAGAGCAGAGAGCGACACUCACUGAGAUUGAGCACCAUCCGCUACUGUGGAAAGAUUUAGACAAGGCCCAGUUUGUCCAAAGUCUUGCCAACAAGAAGGAUGUGGUCACCCGGAAUUAUGACAGUCGGAUCGUCCAGAUCCUGAAUGAGACUGGUGCAGAUCAGGAAAGAUCAUUUCACAAGUGGACACAAAAGGUCGACCCCGUUCUCCUAAAUGACAUGAACAAAAAACAAGGCAAGAAUAAAGAAUAUAAGGAUGCCACCAGUGACCUCCUGAAAUUCAUAAGAAACCUCAUCCAGCACUUCGAUGAAAAGAAAGAGUUCCACAGUUUAAUGAAGAGUCCAGAAGAUUACAGCUUUGGGUUAUUUCCUGACCUGAUCAUUGCUCUCUACAAGGCCCUGAAGGGCACAGAGUGGGAGAAGUACUUUCCAAAAGAAUAGACGCUGUUCCUGCCUUCAAAGGAUUGCCGUCUCUUGAGUGUUUCUACAGAGGCUAUGAGACAGAACCAUGUGCAUACUUCGGUGCUAGAAAGGGGGGAGAAAAAAGAACUUGCAUUUGUCUCAUAGAAUCUGUACAGUGUGGAAGCAGGCCAUUUGGCACAUCAAGUCCACACCACCCUUCCAAAGAGAUUCCCACCUAGACCCCCUGCCCUAUCUCUGUACUUUCCCAUUGGCUAAUCCACCUAACCUGCACAUCCCUGGACACUAUGGGCCAAUUUAGCAUAGCCAAUCCACCUCACCUGCACAUCUUUGGACUGUGGGAGGAAACUGGAGCAUCCGGAGGAAACCCACGCAGACACGGGCACAAUGUGCAAACUCCACACAGACAGUCUCCGGAGGGUGGAAUUGAAUCUGGGUCCCUGGCACUGUGAGCCAUCGUGCCACCCCAAAAGUGCAGCACUUUUUGUCAUCUGAGGAUGUUUCAACGCAUUUUACUGCCAGAGAUGUGUACUUGAAACAUGAAUAAGGUAACAUUCAUGCCACACAACUGCCAGGCAAUGAUUAUGUUCAAUAAGGGAGAAUGUAACUGUCUCCCUUUGAUGUUUAAUGGCUAUGUAUUGUGCACACGUAUUGCCUUUAAGAAAAUCCAUCUUAAAGGAUUCCAUGUGCUGUGUAUGUAGGGUGUUACACUCGACCUACCAGUUAGUUGUCUGUGAGCCUGCAACCUGGACAAAUCGAGAACAGUUGGUUUGCUGUAAUGCCUGCUUCAUGACUUGUAAUGUGUUUUAUUGUUUUAAAUAAACCAACCCACAGUUAAUUGA